AUGGAGAACAAAAAAGUGCAUUUUCGCCAUUUGAUGUAUUUUUAUUAUAAAAAAGGCAAGAAUGCAGUUCAAGUGGCAAAAAAGAUAUGCGCCGUUUACGGAGGCGAUGCUGUAAGCGAUCGGACAGUGCGCGAAUGGUUUGCGAAAUUUAAAGAUGGCGAUUUUAACCUGGAAGACCGGCCACGCUCCGGUAGACCAUCCACGGUUGAUGACGACCAAAUCAAGGUCCUAAUCAGCAAUCAUCAUAGAAUUACCACUCGUGAAAUGGCAGAGUGUCUAAAAGUUUCGAAUUCGACCAUUCAUGCACAUUUGGUGCGGCUUGGAUUCGUUAGCCGCCUCGAUGUUUGGGUACCGCACAAAUUGACAGAGAAAAAUUUAAUGGACCGGGUUUCAACGUGCGAUUUGUUGUUUAAACGCCACGAAAACGAUCCAUUUUUGAAGAGGAUGAUAACGGGGGAUGAGAAGUGGAUCUUCUAUAGUAAUGUUGAGUGA